AUUUUCCCAGCGUGCGCGCUAACCGGAAGUGUGCUUGGAAACAGGUGCCCGGACUGCAGGAACUUUUUGUACCGGGAGGGGGUAGGUGGGAGCGCAGGGUACUCGCCAGGGCUGCGGCCGCCGGCUCUUCCUUCUGUCGACCAUGAGCCUGUGCCUGCGGCUCCUGUGCUCCGUGUGCGGCGCGGCGGCUCUACGGGUCCCGCUGGGUGUCAGCUCCCUCCGGGCAUUAUCGGGUUCCGCAGAGGGGUUCCGGCCCGCUAGGGUGGCUGUGGUGGCCAAGACAACGCGCUACGAGUUCGAGCAGCAGCGGUACCGAUCCUCUGGGCUCUCUGAGGCAGAACUGAGGGACUUGCUCGCAUUAAAAGGAUCCAGUUACAAUGGUCUCCUGCAGCGAUACAAUAUACACUCAGAAAAUGUUGAGCAUAUUGUACAGAGCCUACGGAAGGAAGGGACUGAUGUUCGACUUGUGAAAAGAAGAGACUAUGACGAGGAGACGGUACGAUGGGCUGAUGCCAUUAUAUCAGCUGGAGGUGAUGGCACAAUGCUGCUUGCAGCAAGCAAAGUACAGGACCGGUUCAAACCAGUGAUUGGAGUUAAUACCGACCCAGAGAGGUCUGAAGGACAUCUUUGUUUACCGGUGCGGUACACUUGGUCCUUCCCAGAAGCUCUACAGAAACUUUAUCGUGGUGAGUUCAGAUGGCAGUGGCGCCAGCGGAUCAGACUCUACCUCGAAGGAACCGGUAUUAACCUCACCCCUGUGGAUCUGCAUGAGCAGCAGCUGAGCCUGGAACAGCACAAUAAGGCCCAUAACAGCCAGCUAGAGCAAAAGUCUGUAGCAGUCUCUGGGCCCCAGCUUUUGCCAGUGAGAGCCCUAAAUGAAGUCUUCAUUGGAGAAUCCUUAUCGUCAAGGGCCUCCUACUAUGAGAUCUCUGUUGAUGAUGGGCCUUGGGAAAAACAGAAGAGUUCCGGUCUGAACGUUUGCACGGGCACAGGAUCCAAAGCUUGGUCAUACAAUAUAAAUAAGAUGUCCUCUCAGUCUGUGGAAGAGCUGCUUAACAUUGUCAGACAACAUAAAUCCCUGAAUGUCUCUUUAGACAGUGAUGUAAUACAACGAGUGACUAAUGCAUACAACGACUCUCUCGUCUAUAAUCCGGAGGAGCCCAAGAUGUUCUUUAGUGUUCGAGAGCCUAUUGCCAACAGAGUGUUUUCAAGCAGUCAGCAGCGCGGCUUCACGUCCAAGGUGUGUGUGCGGUCCCGGUGCUGGGAUGCUUGCAUGGUGGUUGAUGGCGGUACCUCCUUUGAGUUCAACGACGGAGCGAUAGUAUCUAUAGUUAUGGAUGAUCAGGAUGCCCUCUGCACUGUGCUGCUGGAUGACUGAAGGGACGUACUGACACACACUUGAUGAUAAUCUGUAGCUACGAAGAAGCUUCAGCUGCAGUAAAGCACUUACCUACUGCAGCAAUUCCUUUGAAUAAGACAAUCUCAGGACACUAAACCCAAUGAGAGAAGAGAAUGCUGAAUACAAAAUGGCGCCGUUCCCUUUGCUGGAAGACACUGCUGUGGAGUGUAUGGUGUUACUGUAGUAACAGUUAGGCAGAUCCUUUUGCAAAAACGCUAAACCUCAAUUACUUUUCAACUGUGACCGUAGAGCGAUAGCAAACUAAACUGAGGUGCGUAACCCCAGGAGCCAAGCUUUGGAGUGCUUCUCUCUUAGCCAAUCACAAGCCAUGCUUGAUGCCAAACCUUCACAACUGCUACAAAAAAACAACAUUUGAUGGACUGUUGUGUAUAUUUGUAAAAAAUAAAAAAUAUAUAUACACUUGCUGCAUUAAAUACAGAUUUCAUAGACCAGUUUUAAAAACAAGACUCUUGCCUUUUGCUGCAUUUCUAUUAAAUUCCCCAGAUUAUA